AUGUACUUGAUAGCUGAUGAUUUUCUUGAUGAAAUUCAGACUUAUGGUCAACAAAGGCAAAGGCAUAAAUCCAAGGUUGGGUUUUUAUUCUCACCCUUUAAACUGAUUCUUUUUAGAUACAAAAUGAGUCAUAAGAUGAAAGAAAUAAGGGAGAGGUUAGAUAGUAUUGCAGCGGAUAAAGCUAAAUUUCACUUAUGUGAGAGAACUAUUGCCUUAGAAACGAAAAGGGAUUUGACAUAUUCCUUUAUACUUCCAGAUGUUGUUGGAAGGAGGAAUAAGAGUGAAGAGAUUGUUGAAGUUCUAAUGCAAGAAAAUGAUUUUGAUGAGUGUCUCUAUGUGGUUUCAAUUGUUGGAAUUGGAGGUGUGGGGAAAAUCACACUUGCUGAAUUAGUGUACAGAGAUGAGAGGAUAGUAAAUAAUUUUCCUUUAAGGAUUUGGUUGUGUGCCUCAUAUGAUUUUGAUGUCAUAAAGUUGGCUAGGAACAUUGUUAAUUUGGCGAGUGGUGUAUCGUGUGAUAACUUUAAUGUUGAACAAGUGCACUCUUCACUCCAAGAUGCUUUGCAUGCGAACAGAUUUUGA